UCAAGAGCCGUUAUUAAAUUCUACCGUUAAUAAACACAAAAACCGAAGAAAAUUGUGAAGCACAAUUACCAAUUAAUUACAAUCGUAUAAACCAGGAUUAGACACGGCCAGACAGAAAGAUCCACAGCUCAUUAUUCCACAUAAAUGUCUCUUAGCUCCCGUUUUGUAUGGAUUAUUAUGCUGCCGACCCAAUACUAAUUAUCAAUUCUUUCACUAUUGCAAUUUCUUGAAAUAAGCUCUUUUCUGCACUCAAAUUCUGUCAGUAGGCGUGAAAUGUGAUUAAAAGUAUUAUGCUCAAUCCCCGGAGUGAGAAGCUGUAACCUGAUUGCAAGAGAUCUUGUCUAAUGCUUCUAAUCUCAAGCGAUAGCUUGAUUGAUUUGUCCAUCGCCACAGAUCUUCAAUUUUCAUUCUCCGUCAAUUGACAGUACACAAAUGUAUUGAAGCUAAUGAUCGAUGUGAUGAGGAUCCGAGUUUAUGAAAUUGAAUCAUUUGGGUAUGCACAUAUGGCCAGAAAACGAAGUGGGUAUGUCGGUUUUCUAUAGUCAGCGGAUCUGUCAACGCGCUUACAAAAUUUCCGUUUCUGUCACUGCAGUUCAACCGAAAUUUUAUGAAUCGGAGAGCUCUUAGUUUGAAGUCUGAGUUAGGAGGAAUAUUUAUUGACUAAUGGAGAACAAUCAGUCUCUGUCAAUGGAUCGAAACUUCUUCAGAGAGAGCUUAUGGAAUGAUGUCAAAGGAUAUGGUAGUGUGCAAGAUUUUGGCAAUUAUCCUGCUUCUGCUUCUGGGUGGGGUUCUGGACCUUCUUCACCGUCUGUAGCAUCUCAGGCCACUGGGCAUGUAGAUAAAGAAUUGUACAAGAACUUACUUGAGAUGAUCCCCAUAGUGGAUUCCUUUAUGGAAAGCAGGGCAAACAAGUCUUAUGCUCAUCAAGGAACUCUGGUUUUUACCCCAAAACCCCCCAGGGAUUUGUCGUCUUCUCAAAAGAUGCUGGAGAGAAGAGGGGGGAAGACCCCAUCUACAAGAAGUGGCAAAAAGCAAAGAACACCAAAGGUGGGGGAAGUUGACAAUUGCAAAAAUAACAGUAUGGAGAAUGAAGAUUACUUGAUUGAUGAAGUGCAGCCAGACUCAACAAGAUCAUCUGCACCAGAUAGGGAAAAUCUAAGUACUGGAAACAAGUAUGAGCCUCUAAUUAGUGAAAACAACAUGGACCUACUUCGAUUGCAAAGCCAGAUUGAGGAGUUGCAGAAAAAAUUGGCAGAAAAGGAGGAGCUUCUGAAGUCUACAGAAAGUUCUGCUAUUCAGAUAGAAAUGAUGCAAGUCAAGUUGGAAGAACUUCAACAGCAGAAUCAAGAGAAGGAUAGCUUGAUCAAAUCUGCACAUCUUCAACUCUGUCAUAAGAAGAAUGAGCUAGCAGAUGUUAAGUCACUUUUGAAGAAGGCUGAAGAGGAUUCCCAGGCAUCCAAUCAGAAGGCACAGAAGCUCCAGGAUGAUCUAAAUGGAUUGCAACGCCAGAUUGCUGCUUUUAUUUCAUUUUUUGAAAUUCUUAAAGAGAAAUCCCCAAUCAAUAAAACAGAAGAGGUUCAAUCAUCUGAAGCUCCAGAUGUUGAUCCUAGCAUAUUAACACAUGAUUCCCAACUUAAUGGUCACCACAAGGAAGGGGUAGAAGAUGAAGAGUUUAUGGCUUUCUCUGAGGCAGACAAAACAGAGAUGGAGGCCAUGGAGCAGGCAAGGAAGGGGUAUUUAAAAGCUGUAAUUGCCGCAAAGAAUGAUCCAUGUGAAGAUACUCUAUCUGUGGCAGCCGAUCUCAGGUUACAGUUACAGCAAUUAUUGCUGAAACCAUCUUUGGAGAAUAUCCUAAAUGAUAAUCUGUGAGAGAAAGCCCUAAUAUUUCCAGUUGGCUUAGCAAUUGACAUAGCUUCCAGUAUACUGGCUUUCGUAAAGUCUAGAAGGUUUAUGUGAAUAGCAUAAGUUCCCCUCUAAAUUAGAUAGCAUUAGUCAUUGUUGAGGCUGAUCGGGAUGUGAUUCAAAAGUGAACUGGUAUAUUUCCUAUAAGAUGGUCACAGAUGAGCAUAGGGUGGUGUUGGGCAUAAAUGCUAACGGAUGUUUUGGAGACCUGGGUUCACUUAUUUAAUUGAUAUAGUUUUCUCCACAAAUAGUUUUUUUAAUGGUCUUUUUCGAAUUAUUGUAAAAUUAACCUUGGGGAAUGCUUGUUGGCAGUAUCAUGCAAAGACCAUUUUAAUCAUCAGAAUAACUGGGUUAUCUACUGAAACAGCUUGCAAGCUGGAUUCUCAUAUACUGAAUAAACAAGUUGUCCACUGUCAAUUUCAGGGUGCUUCUUUUGGUCUGAACUUUUCAUGCAUCAGUUAUCACAAUGUUUGCAAACUAUGAAGUACCCUUUGUCUUCUGCUAAGCCAAUACAAUUUCCACUGAAAAGUUACAUGAUGGCGACAGAAAGAAAGGAAGCACCGCUCUUAGCAUGUAAAAUGUAUUUUGAAAAUGGAUGUGAACUUAGCGACAUAUUGUAAUACACUACAGUGAUUACUAUGGAACAUAACUGAUUGGUUUUGUCCUGAAUGACCCUUAUAUUGAAGGUUGGAUGAGUUGCUUUUGACACAUCUACAAGAUCAGUUGACCCACAACACUCCUUGAGCAUUAUUUCAUGUAAUCCAAGUGAAAACCUGGAGAGCCUGAAAUCUUUGUAUGUAACUAUAAUUUAUAAUGUGUCUUGAACUGAUUUUUAAAUUCCCAGUCUGCAGUUCUUAAUGUAACUUCUAAAGACCAAUAAUUGUGACAGUUAUUACCCUUA